UUGAGCCAAUUCGAGCCGCCGGUUUGUCGAAAAACGUGUGCGUUUGAUUCUGAAAGGCGGGUACGUUGGCCGAGUUUUCUCGAAAGCUCUUCUGAGCAGCUACCGAAACAUUCCGCAGUGAUAUAUAUGUUCCGUCGCAUUGUCGUCGUGCGUGUAGUAAGUAAAUCUUUUCGAUCUGUUUGCAGUCUGCGAGUUGAAACAUCUUGCACGCUCGUUCGGCCGGUGUCAUUGAUGUCAGGGGAGCCUCCCACAAAGAAACCAGCAGCCAUGGGCAAGACCAUUGGAACGCACAGUGGUAAUUUUCACUGCGACGAUGCACUUGCGUGUUUCCUGUUGAAGCAGCUUCCCGAGUACAAGGAUGCCACUGUGGUUAGAUCUAGAGACCCGGCUGUCUUGGACACAUGCGACGUGGUCGUGGACGUGGGUGCUGUGUAUGAUCCUGCCAAGAGGCGCUAUGACCACCACCAAAAGACCUUCAACGAGACGAUGAAUUCACUGAACCCAGCCAAAAAGUGGACCACCAAGCUGAGCAGUGCAGGGCUUGUCUACGUUCACCACGGGCGAGAGGUGAUAGCAGAGACGCUCGGCUGGAAGCUCUCCGAGCCGAACCUCGAAAAGAUCUACGACAAGGUCUACGAGAACUUCAUGGAAGAGAUUGAUGCCAUCGACAACGGCAUCAAUGCCUACGACGGGGAGCCACGUUACCGAAUAAACACGAACGUGAGCUCCCGAGUGGCCCACCUGAACCCGGCAUGGAACGAGCCGAACCCCAAUCUUUACGAACAAUUCUUGAAGGCCAUGAAGCUGACAGGCGAGGAGUUCCUAGAACGUGUGCGCUUUUAUGCCACAGCAUGGUUGCCUGCCCGGGAACUUGUCCUAAAUGCACUUCAGCAGCGACAAAAGGUCGGGGAUGCGGGCUCCAUUAUGAUUAUGGAGCGUGGUGGCUGUCCUUGGAAGGAUCACCUGCUGACCCUCGAGGAGGAGCUGUCCAUCCCGGGCGAGGUCAAGAUGGUGCUGUACCAAGACCAAGACGGCAGCAGCUGGCGGGUGCAGGGCGUGCCGGUGACGCUUGGCUCCUUCGAGUGCCGGGUGCACCUUCCUGAGAAGUGGCGAGGUCUGCGCGACGAGGAGCUCUCACGGUUAAGUGGAAUUGACAGCUGCAUCUUCGUCCACUCCAGUGGCUUCAUAGGCGGUAACAAGACGAAGGAAGGCGCCAUUGAGAUGGCGACACGGACCAUCAAGGGCAACGUAUAGCCACAAGGGCUAUGGGGUUCACGGUGAUGUUGACCAUGGCAACAAGGUGAAGCCAAAGUGACAUGAAAUGACGUACUCGAGGCAGAAGUCUGGACAGAAGCUGCUUUGUUCAACGUCCCAAUCUGCCGAACGUUCCUUGACGAGCUCAUCUAAGGAGAUGGGAUGGUAUAGGACGGUUACCCGAACGUUUACAUGUUACGUUGACCCACAUUUCACAUUUAGGUCUCCGACCGACGGGACGCAAAAAGACAAAAAAAAAAAAAAAAAGAAAACCUCGCCAUAUUCGUGGCGCUAUUAGAACCCCUCACAUUUAACACGCUGGAGUGUGCUUCAAUAUCAGCACUGAUCAUUCUUACACAAUCACUUUUUAAAAGAUCAUUAAAUAAAACAUUAAUUGGAAACCAGGA